CAAAAUGUAUGACGAAAAGAAAACAUAUCAAUGUGAGCAAUGUAGUUACGCUACUGCCAAUAAGAAUCAUAUUACAACUCAUAUUAUGAUACAUAAUAGAGAGAAACCAUUCCAAUGUGACCACUGUAGUUUCACUUGUGCCCGAAAGGCUGGUUUAAAAUGUCAUAUUAUGACACAUACUGGUAAAAAACCAUUCAAAUGUGAUCACUGCAAUUACGCUAGUGCAAAAAAAUUUCAAUUACAACGUCAUAUUACGAUACAUACUGGUGAAAAACCUUUCAAAUGUGAGCACUGUAGUUUCGCUACUACCAGUAAGAGUAAUUUGAACCGUCAUAAAACGACACAUACUGGUGAAAAACCUUACAAAUGUGACUACUGUGGUUACGCUUGCGCAAAUAAGAUUUAUUUAAAACAACAUAUACUUACACAUGGCAACAAACUUUACAACUGUGAGCUCUGUAGUUUCGCUGCUACCAGUCAGCGUUAUUUGAACCGUCAUAGAAUGGUACAUACCGGUCAAAAACCUUACAAGUGUGAGCAAUGUAGUUACACUACUUCCAGUAAGAGUAGUUUGAACCGUCAUAAAAAAAUACAUACUGGUGACGUUCUUUACAAAUGUGAGUACUGCAGUUACACUUGUGCUCAUAAAGGUAAUUUAACAAAACAUUUAAUUGUACAUUCUGCUGAAAAUCCUUACAAGUGUGAGCACUGUAAUUUUGCUACGACCAAUAACAGUGCUUUGAAACAUCAUAUACUAAUACAUUCUCGUGAUAAACCGUACAAAUGUCACUUAUGUAGUUACGCUUGUGCAAGUAAGCGUGUUUUAGAACGACACAUGCUUAAACAUGUGGAGAAACCAUACAGGUGUGAGCAGUGUAGUUUUGUUAGUACCGAUAAGAGUUGUUUGGACCGUCAUAUGAUCUUACAUGAUGAUGGUGACAAACCAUACAAAUGUUAUCGCUGUAGUUACGCUUGUGCACUGAAAAAUAAUUUGAAUAAACAUAUGGUUGUACAUUCUGGUGAGAAACCUUACAAGUGUGAAUACUGUAGUUUUGCUAGUAGUAGAAAGAGUAAUUUGACCCGUCAUAUAACUAUACAUACUGACAAACCAUACUAAUGUGACUAUCGUUGUUACGCUUAUAUAGAUAAGAGUAUGCACUUUCAAAACAUACAAUUAUACAUUCUGGUGACAAACCUUACAAGUGUGAGCACAGCAGUUUCCCUAGAACCCAUAAGAGUAAUUUGAACCAUACUGGUCACAAACCUUACAAAUAGAUUGCAGUAGUUUCGCUUGUUCACAUAAACGCGUAGUUGUUUUAACUAGUACGGGGGCCACCGCCUAUUUUUUUUUAAUGCUACGAAAUCAAUGUAACGUCACAUUGCAACAUCAGCGUCAGAAUUUAACUCUCAUUUCUGACCUUUGUGUUCCGUAUGCCAUGGUAUAAGGCCUAUAUAGAUAUUUGAUCCUCAGGAAAAUCGAGAUUGAUUGACUUUAUUUACAAAAAACUGUCAAGUAGCCAAUUGGAUUUACCGCAAUUUAAAACGAAACUGUUUAGGUGGUGUUUAGAAUAAGUCCGGAAAUUUGCCAUUUGAUAAUGAAGUAAUAAUGUAAAUAUAGAUUUAAGUUUUGUUAUUAUAGUUGUUAGGUUAUUUGAUUUGUAUGUCUGUAUAGGUUGAAAGUGAAGAUAUAUCUAUAUAAAAAAAAAAUAUGUACACCAAUUUUUACAUAUAAAUAUUUCCUGGUAGAUGGCGCUGUUACGACCGGCGAAUAUGCUAAAUCUUGCGAACGUUUUUGUAUCGUGGGAUCUAUACGAUGUUAAACUUGUUUUUGUAUUUUUGAAGGGAUCUAUGUGGAGAUCGUUUAGAUUGAAUAAACGUGUCUGUUUAUAAUUAAACUUGUUGUUUAUUGCUUCCCCUUUGAGACAAAACGCUUCACUGAGUUGAAAAGAUUGAUUCAUAUUAAGGAGUGCCAUAAUUCAUAUUAUAUUAAUAUCUUCCGCUCGCGGAGGUAUAUAUCACUCUGUACAAUCGCCCUCGAUUAAGGAAAUUGUUU